AUGCCAUUAGACCAUGCUCUGAAAUUAUGCAGAGACCUGCAACGCGGCGAUCAGUCUGCGGUGGACGUCAUGCAACAAACGUACACACGCAUAAACGAGAUUAAUCCACAGGUGAAUGCGUUAGUUAACCUACUGGAUCCGGACGAAGCACUUGCCCUGGCGCAGCAGGCUGACGCGGUCCCCGUUGCUGAACGGGGUCCGUUACAUGGGCUGCCUAUGGCCACCAAAGACGCCGUUGAUGUUGCAGGUUUCCCAACCACCAAAGGCUUUACGCCCUGGGCUAAGAAAAUCGCGCGCAAAGAUGAUGCCCAGGCUGCGCGCUUGCGCAACGCCGGCGCUCUAUUCAUCGGCCACACCAACAUGCCGGAAUUUGGUCUUGGUUCAAAUACAUUCAACAGUUUAUUUGGCCAGACGCUCAAUCCUUAUGACCUGAACAAGACCUGCGGUGGCAGCAGUGGCGGCGCCGCUGUGGCUCUGGCCACGCGCAUGCUGGUUUUAGCUGACGGCAGCGAUAUGGGAGGAUCGUUACGCAACCCGGCCAGUUUCUGCAACGUGGUUGGUCUGCGACCCUCCAUUGGACGCACGCCUAAAGGUGACGGAUUCGGCUGGCUGGGCAGACUGACCACCACCGGCCCGAUGGCAACAAACGUGGCAGACACUGCCUUGCUGUUUUCGGUACAGGCUGGUCCAGACCCCACAGAUCCGCUCACACUCAACGAACCUGGAGAGGUUUUUCUCGACGCUCUGCAACCACGACAAGAUCUGAACGGGCUGCGCAUUGGUUACUGCCCGUCCAUAGGAGAUGCGCCCGUUGAACCUGCCGUUGCAGCGGUCAUAGCAAAAGCUGCAGAUACUAUGGCUAAUCUUGGCGCAGAGGUCAUCGAAACACACCCACCGCUGGAUCAGGCGAUGGGUGUGUUUCAGGUCAUGCGCGCAGCAGCGCUGGCAAACCUGGGACACGCUUUGAAUCUGACGAUGCCGGAUUGGAAAACCAAGGCGAAGUCCACGGCGGUAUGGAACAUUGAGAAAGGUCUGGCGUUAAGCGCCGCCGACAUUUAUGCCGCAGAGCUGCGGCGCACCCGCAUAUACGCAGACUGUGUUGAAUUCUUCAGCAGCUUCGACGCUCUCAUUCUACCUGCGGCCCAGGUUGCACCUUUUGACAAAGACAUUGAGUGGAUCGAGGCGAUCAACGAGACACCGAUGGCCACCUAUAUCGAUUGGAUGACGGUGUGUUGUGCAGUAACUGUAACGGGACUACCAGCCAUCUCAGUCCCUGCAGGUUUUACCGCAACAGGCCUGCCUGUUGCAGAAACCUUCAGUUUGCGCCACAUGACAACACCACCCGCAGAACCGGUUAGUGAUAAAAAGCGAUUAAUGGUGAUCACGGCACACCCUGACGAUGCCGAGUUCAACGCGGGUGGCCUCAUGCUGAAGUGGGCCAGCGCCGAGCAGGAACUGCUGAUUUUAUGCCUCACCGACGGUUCCGCCGGCCACCACGAGUUAGCCACCGAAGAUCUCGCCAGUAUCCGCCAGGAAGAGGCCCGCAACGCAGCCGACUUACUGGGCGCUAAAGUAGUGAUCUGGGAUGUACGGGACGGCGAGCUCGAAGCAACGAUAAACUUGCGCAAACAGCUCAUUGGAGACAUUCGGGCAUUCCGACCAGACCUUAUUCUGACGCACCGCACCGCAGACUAUCACCCGGACCACCGCGCCUGCGCUCAGCUGGUCAUGGACGCCUGUUAUCUUCUGCAGGUACCUAAUAUCGCGCCCUCAUACCCAGUGCUGCAAAACAUCCCGCCGGUGCUGAUGUUCGCCGAUCGUUUCCAAUAUCCUCGACCGUUCCAGCCUGAUUGGAUCGGGAUAGCCACCUUUCUGGGUUCUUCACUGGCGGCGGGUUACAUGCUGGCGAGCAACUACGCCGCCCUGGGCCAGCGCCGCAUGGCAAUCUACAGUUUGUGGGGCAGCCUGGUAUUGGUACUGGCCUUCGUUCUGCUGCCGGGGCAAUUAAGUGCCAGUGCACCGAUUGCCAUUGCCAUCAUGAUUGGUCAGGUCGUUCUGGUGCUGGCCAUUGCCAACAAACUGCAAGGACCGAUGUUUGCCAGUUUCGUGGAAAUGGGCGGCCAGUAUUUCCCCAUGUGGCGAACCAUUGUCGUCGGCAUCGGCGCAUCUUUUGUGCUUGUGUUUGUCUGGGUUGUGUUAGUCAGCCUGUUUGGCGGAGAUCUGGCGCAAGCACCAGGACCUGCCGGUGAAACGGCUUUUCGCAGCCGCUAUAAGACCGCGCGCUGCGUGCUGCGUUUCGAGGAUCAGUUUUUGCUGGCCAUUCAUUCCAGCUUCUGGGCGCGCACCCACAAACGAUGGGGGUUACCCGGCGGCAAUAUCGAACGUGGUGAAGCACCGGCAGACGCAGUGCGCCGGGAGCUGGAAGAAGAACUUGAACUCUACAUGACGGACUUCACUGAAAUCGGCGCCUAUCACUACAAAGGUAAUGAUCAUAUGGUCUAUGGUGCCGACGUCGAUUAUCGAAUAUCCAAUUACGACGAUACUGAACUGUUGGACCUGGACUGGUUUGAUCUAUCCCGACUGCAAACCCUGGACAACGAACGCAAACUGCACGCAGGUUAUGAAUUACAGGCGGUACGCCAGUUCAUCGCUCUGCACGAUCACUGA